GUCGGACACGUCCCGACGGGGCGUACGGUAUGCCUACAUACCCUGGCCAUCUCACCAAAGUGCCAGAGGACGGGUCUUGGACGGCGGCUGAUGGCAGCUUAUCUCGAGAGGCUCAAGGACGAUCCUACGGUAGACCGGGUGGCCCUGAUCGCCCGAGCGUAUUUGGUGCCGUAUUAUGAGUCUUUUGGGUUCGAAAAGCGAGGUCGCAGUCGAUGCACGCGGUACGGCGAUGGCUGGUACGAUAUGGUG